AAAAUGGCUGAAAACUCGUAUAAACCGCCGGAAAAGAUGAUUAAAAAUGUGUUCGACCUGAAUCCGUGGUACUUUUCCAAGGCUUACGAGGAGUACCUGGCUUUCUUGCAUCGUUUGAAUGAUUCUGUAGUUGGAGUUCAUACAACUGCAGACAUGAGAUGCACAGACUUGGUUAUCAGCUUUAUCGACAUGCUGGAUAAGCUGGAGAAAUGGGCUGAGGAAAUUCCUCUGGAAGAUGUUUCCGAGCAAAGAUUUGGCAAUAAAGCUUACAGAAAGUUUUAUGAGAAGCUUUGCAAGGAAUCCCCAGAUCUCCUAGCCAGCGUUCUUCCGGAAAACGUCCACGAUGCUCUAGUCGAACUGGUUCCAUAUUUCACAGAAUCCUUCGGAAACGCCACUCGAAUCGAUUACGGCUCGGGACACGAGGCGAAUUUCCUAAUUUUGCUGUUUUGCCUGCAAAAGUUGGGCGUUUUCACAGAAAAUGAUGACAAAGUGCUCGUUCUUCGCAUUUUUAACAAGUAUUUGAGAGUGUGCCGUCAUCUGCAGACCAGAUUCAAGAUGGAGCCGGCUGGAAGUCGUGGAGUUCAUGCGAUUGACGAUUUUCAGUUCGCGCCGUUCAUUUUUGGAAGCGCUCAGCUUAUUGGUUCAAAAAGUAUCGUGCCGGACAGUUACCUAAAAAAGAAUAUUGUUGAGACUCACGCCCACACAAGUCUUUUCCUGGACUGCGUAAACUUUAUCAAUCAAACAAAAACCGGCCCUUUCCACGAACAUUCAAAUCAACUUUGGAAUAUCUCAGCAGUUCCACACUGGAAAAAAGUCAAUAGUGGAAUGUUUAAAAUGUAUGAAGGAGAAGUUUUAAAGAAGUUUCCAGUUGUUCAGCACAUGAUGUUCGGCUCUUUAUUCUCAUUUGAUCGAUCGGAGCAUCCAAGAGAAUCUAUGGAAGAUGCUCCGUCACAGGAUCCGAUGCCUCCAAGAGCUCCGGCUCAGCAUGGAAUGUUCGCUUUUAAGGUUAAUUCGGAGAAGAAAAUGAUCCCAUCCGCCGCCAACACUUCAACCGUCCAUUCGUCAUCUGUCGUCGAAUCUGGAGACUUGCGACGUCUUCACAGUGAGAAACAUCCCAACGAGCACUGCCCACCACCAAUGGCCGAUGCAUGAUCUCUACUAUAUUAAAAUAUUUAUUCAUUUUCCGUGAAAAUCAUGACUGUAUAUCUACAUUUGUGCAUCAAUAAAUUGUCUGUGUAAAGCGCU